CAAGUAUACCAAAAUUCAGUCCACACAUUUUUUGUAUAUUCCCAUCACAAACUACCACUAACCAGGCAGGAGCACCCUUUCUCUCUCCCUCUCAAACUCAAAACACUGAAUGAUUGAAGAGGACAAUUCCUGGUGCUGCUGGUUUGUUGUUCAUGAAGAUGAUUAGAUGAUUGGGAAGUUACAAGAUUAAUUUGAAAGAAGGAUUUUUUGUUUGUUUGUUUGGAGAUGAUGAUUUUGUAGCUGAUUAAUGUGUGUUCAAUUUUUUCCAUGGCCUGCAGCAGCUAUUCACCUUCUUCUUCUUCAUCAUCUUCAACUUUUACAUCUUUUACUAAGAGACUAGUGAAGAAAAAUAACAUUAAAACAGUUAAAUUUAUCUCUUCUUCUCUAACUGAGAGAUCACCAACAAAUUACUCCACUUCUUACAACCCUCUUGUUUUCCAGGCUGCUAGGCUAUUGGGUCCUCCAGCAAGAUUUGAAGCAUCAAAAUUGAAGGUAGUACUGGUGGGAGAUCAAGAGGUAGUGUUCAUGGAGAAUAAUAAUAGUUAUAAGCAGAUGAGUAGCUUAACAAAUGACUACCCAAGAACUUAUACUCUCACUCACUGUGACCUAACUGCCAAUCUCACCUUAACAAUCUCCAAUGCCAUCACCCUUGACCAGUUGAAGGGAUGGUACAACAAUGAUGAUGUGGUUGCUGAGUGGAAAAGGGUGAAGGAGGGCAUGUGUCUCAUCGUUCACUGCCACGUGAGUGGUCCUAAUGUCUUGAUGGAUGUUGCAGCAGAGUUUCGAUACCUUAUCUUCAAAAAAGAGAUGCCACUGGUAAUUCAAGCUAUUCAAUAUGGAGACUCAAUGUUUAUUGAACAACAUCCAGAAUUGAUGGAUGCUUUGGUUUGGGUGUAUUUCCAUUCGAGUUCAAAGAAAUACAAUCGUGUUGAGUGUUGGGGAGCCCUCAAGAAUGCUGCACAGGGAAAGCAAGAAAGUCAACUGCAAAGCUCAAUAAGUUCAGGAAACAAUAGCAAGGAAGGUGAAGGCCGUCAUCAUUUUUUGGGGAAGUGGGGAAGCUCAAAGGCAAUCUUUCAAGCCCUUUUCACUUUCCUUCUUUGAGUUGAUGUAAAAAUUUCAUUAUCAUCAUUAUCUUGAAGACACAGUUUCCCAAAAUUGAUCUACAUAUAGCUGACCGAACCAUGUAAUCCAAUUGUGAAUUUUUUGGAAGCUAAAUCAUGGAAGAGAUCAGUCGAUGGUUGGUGGCGGUAAGUUAACUGCAUGUACAUUGCGGACAGAUGGCUUCUUCUUCUUAUUGAUGAAGACUUUUGCGUUGAAAUUGUGUUCAUUACGGCCAGCAGUGUUGAUGACGAGCAUUUGAUUCAAUUUGCUAAAUGCAACAACAUUUCUUCUUUAUGUGCAAAAAUGUGAAAAGAGAUUCUGAUUUUCUGAAGCUUCUUUAAGUUUUAUGCAUAUUUGUAACCUGCCUUUCAUUAAAUUCUAAUACUACAAAUUUCAUUUUUUCUUGUAA